UAAUCCCUGCCAGCUGUCAUAGAAUGGCCAGAUGAGUUAUUUCGCCCUGGGGAGAAGCGGACCAUAAGAAGAACCCACAGUACCAUCCAGCAUGCAGAGGAUGGACAGCAUGUGGCUCGUCGCUCUGCUCCUGCUGGGUCUCCUGCGACCCUCCAUGGGCGGAUUCCCACUCACACAGCUGUGUGACUCAUCCACAGAUGGCACCAUUUACCGUUACAAGGCAAAGACUCUAAACGGGAGUCGCACUGUGUCCUUCAGUGAGUACGCAGGGAAGACUGUCCUGUUUGUCAACGUUGCCUCGUACUGAGGACUCACCUACCAGUACUUGGAGCUGAAUGCACUACAUGAGGAGAUGAAGCCGUAUGGACUCACCAUUCUCGGCUUUCCCUGCAAUCAAUUUGGGAAGCAAGAACCAGGAAAAAAUCAUGAAAUUCUGUCAAGUUUAAAGCAUGUUAGGCCAGGCAAUGGAUUUGUUCCAAACUUCCUGCUGUUUGAGCGCGGCGAUGUGAACGGAGAGAAUGAGCAAGAAAUUUACACUUUCCUAAAGAACUCGUGCCCACCGGUUGGAGACAGCUUCGGAAACCCCGCCGGCAGGCUUUUCUGGCAGCCUAUGAAGCUCACUGACAUCAAGUGGAACUUUGAGAAGUUUCUGGUGGGGCCAGAUGGGAAGCCGGUGAAGAGGUGGUACCCCAAGGUCAACGUUUCAGAGGUCCGGGAUGACAUUCGCAGAUACUUCAGCCAGCUAUAUGCUCAACAGAUUUUUAAUUAAGAUUUUGCUUUGUCACACUGUGCUGAAUCUAUUGCCUAUAUUUAGUUACGUUUUCAAUAUAAUGCUAAAUUGUGAGAUGACACACUAAGGGAGAUCUAGUACCAUCGAUUUUUAGUGUAAUGGUAUUAACAGUUUCUGAUAUAUGAGGUGGCAUGCUGAAUGAAGAGGAGGCUUGAAAACAGUUACUGUGGUGCCUCUUUGGAGUCUGGGGUCCAGGCCAGCUUUUCAGUGCAUUCAGGCUGCCCUGCAAUCCCACAGCAUCAUGUCACCUCCUCAGCCCAGGACCUGUUAGCCACUACAGCCUACAUGCUAAUUACUUUCAAUAAAUCAUGGAGAAAGACA